CUUGCUCUGGUCUCUAAAACAAAUAAUCUACCAUCUCUCUUUCUCUCUCUCCCUCUUUUCUCCCCUCCUGAUCAUCUUCAUUAAGGUAAAGCAAAUGUCACGCGUAUAUAUAUGGUCUUCGUUUGUUACUACAUUGUUCAUAGAAUGGUGUGUGGAUCUUCUCAUUUCUUAUGUUGUUUAUAAUUAACCUACUUUUUAUUUGAAUAACAUAAACAGGAGAGAUAAAAUGGAGGAGCCGAAAUGGUUGGAAGCUCUCUUAAGAACAAACUAUUUCACCAUUUGCCCACGACACUGCGAGACACCGCGAAAUGAAUGCAACAUGUUCUGUCUCUCAUGUCAAAACGCUGCGUUUUGCAUCUACUGCCGAACCUCCCUCCACAUUGAUCAUCCCGUCCUUCAGAUAAGAAGAUCGUCGUAUCAUAAUGUGGUUAGAGUAUCGGAGAUAGAGAAUGUAUUAGACAUAAGAGGAGUGCAAACUUAUGUCAUCAAUAGCGCGAGGGUUCUUUUCUUAAACGAAAGACCUCAGCCUAAGAACUCUUCUCAUGGCGCCACGUCAUCUACCACCAAAACCAUUUCCUACUUCUGCGAGACUUGUUGCAGAACGCUUCUUGAUCCAGUUCGCUUCUGUUCCUUGGGUUGCAAGGCUGAAGGAAUCAGGAAGAAUAAGGAAGAGGAAGAAGAGAGAUUGCGUAAAGAAAGACAACAAGAAACGCACAAAGGCACGCAUCCUCCAACUCGUACUUCUAAUUCUAGGCGACGUAAAGGCACUCCUCAUAGAGCUCCCUUUGCCUCCUAA